GCCUACAUAUUUUUUGUAUUAUGUAGUAGGGCCAUAUGUAAAUUGCACCCCAAAGAUUUUGGGCGUAUACUGAGAAAUCUGUUCUCGACACUUUCGGUCGGCAGAGGCGGGCACGAGGUAAUUUCUACUAGUCGCAAGCUUGCGGAGAACACACGGAGCAGUACGGGACUGUGAAGCACACGAUCCGGUUGAAAAUGUAAUUGCUUCUGGUGUCAAGUUAACUAGAGCUAACUAUAGUAGGAGACUACUUAAGUGUAGUCUUUAGGUUGGGUCUGUCAGUGCCAACCCAACCCGUUACUUCUAACUGUGCUAGCCAGCUCGCUAGCUGAUGAUCUACUUCAACUGGGCCCGACUCCGUCUCUUCACCGGGAACAUGUAUUAGACAACGUGCAAGAAGAGCUGCUCCAAAUUCUUCAGUCCAUUGUUGUUGAAACGAUGGAGAAUGUGCCUAUGGACUAACCCUUGUACGCUAGGUAGCUAGCUAGCUGGCCCAUCAGCUGGCGCAACAUAUCAAUUAUUCUGAAUGACUGCGACUACAGUUCACUUGGGAUUACUUUAACCUGCGGGAUACCUAACUAAUCGCAGGGACAGGCUGUGUCUGUCCGUCAGACCGUGGACGCGAUGGGGGAGACCAGUCUCAAUGACUCAAAUGUGAAGGUUGCUGUCCGUGUUCGUCCUAUGAACAGGAGAGAAAAGGACCUAAACACAAAGUGUGUGGUGGAGAUGGACAAGAACCAGACCAUUCUUCAUCCUGCUGGAGGCAACCUGAGCAAAGGAGACUCCAGGAGCCAGUCCAAGGUGUUUGCCUAUGACUACUGUUUCUGGUCCAUGGAUGAGUCGGAGAAGGACAAGUUUGCCGGUCAAGAUGUGGUGUUCCAGUGCCUUGGAGAGAGUCUUCUACACAACGCCUUCCAGGGCUACAACGCCUGCAUCUUUGCCUAUGGACAGACCGGUUCGGGGAAGUCGUUCACCAUGAUGGGGUCUGUGGACCAGCCCGGCCUCAUCCCUCGUCUGUGUAGUUCCCUGUUUGAGAGGACCCUGCUGGAGCAGAGGGAGGAGGAAAGCUUCACUGUGGAGGUCUCCUACAUGGAGAUCUACAACGAGAAGGUCCGAGACCUCCUCGACCCCAAGGGGAGUAGACAGGCCCUAAGAGUGAGGGAACACAAGGUGCUGGGGCCCUAUGUGGAUGGACUGUCACGUCUGGCUGUUGCUAGCUACAAGGACAUAGAGUCUCUGAUGUCUGAAGGAAACAAGUCUCGUACGGUUGCAGCGACCAACAUGAACGAGGAGAGCAGCAGAUCUCAUGCCGUCUUCAACAUCAUCCUCACACAUACACUCAAAGAUCUGCAGUCUGGGACAAGUGGAGAGAAGGUGAGCAAGCUCAGUCUGGUGGACCUGGCUGGCAGUGAGAGAGCUGCCAAGACCGGAGCAGCAGGGGACAGACUGAAGGAAGGGAGCAACAUCAACAAGUCCUUGACCACACUGGGUUUGGUCAUCUCUGCCCUGGCUGACCAGGGAGCAGGGAAGAACAAGACUAAGUUUGUUCCUUAUAGAGACUCAGUACUCACCUGGCUACUAAAGGACAGUCUGGGCGGCAACAGCCGCACGGCGAUGGUUGCUACUGUGAGCCCCGCGGCGGACAACUACGACGAGACGCUGUCGACCUUGCGCUACGCCGACCGGGCUAAGAGCAUUGUCAACCACGCUGUGGUCAACGAGGAUCCCAAUGCUCGCAUCAUCCGAGAGUUAAGGGAGGAGGUGGAAAAGCUGCGAGACCAGCUCACGCAGGCAGAGUCUAUGAAGGCCCCAGAGCUAAAGGAACGUCUGGAGGAGUCUGAGAAGCUGAUCCAGGAGAUGACCGUCACUUGGGAGGAGAAACUCAGGAAGACUGAGGAGAUUGCACAGGAGCGUCAGAAGCAGCUAGAGAGUCUGGGCAUCUCUCUGCAGUCAUCUGGCAUCAAAGUAGGAGAGGACAAAUGCUUCCUGGUCAACCUGAAUGCUGACCCUGCCCUCAACGAGCUUCUGGUCUACUACCUGAAGGAGCACACCAAGGUGGGUUCAGCUGACUCUCAGGACAUUCAACUGUGUGGGAUGGGCAUCCAGGCCGAACACUGCAUCAUUGACAUUUCUGGUGAUGCAGGAGUGAUCCUCACGCCCCAUCGCAACUCCAGGACUUGUGUCAACGGCUCCCCCGUCACCAGCCCUCUGCAGCUCCAUCAUGGAGAUCGCAUCCUGUGGGGGAACAACCACUUUUUCAGGAUCAACCUGCCCAAGCGUCGGUCCAGGGCCGGGGGCGAGGAAGAGGAUGGGGAGGGGGGACCGAUGAAGAACAGCAGUAGCAGUGAACAGCUGGAUGCAGAUGGAGACUCCAACAGCGAGGUAUCCAGCGAAGUCAGCUUCUCCUACGAGUUCGCCCAGACCGAGGUUAUGAUGAAGGCUCUCGGCAACAAUGACCCCAUGCAGGCGGUGCUGCAGUCACUGGGAAGGCAGCAUGAGGAGGAGAAACGCUCUGCGCUGGAGAGACAGAGGCUGAUGUACGAGCAGGAGCUCCAGCAGCUACGCAGACGCCUACAUCCGGGACAGGGACAGGGUCAGGCAGGCCAGGGCCAGGGCCCGGCAGGCCAGCAGCAGCCGCAGUACCGCAGCCUGGAGAGGCUCAGCAUGGGGGGCAUGUCCAGCUCCCCCAGCGCCCAAAGCAGGCUGCGCCAGUGGAGCGAGGAGAGGGAGGCGGUGUUGACGCGGAGCCUGAGGAAGUUGAGGGAGCAGAUUGUCAGAGCCAACCUGCUGGUCCAGGAGGCCGGCUUCAUCGCUGAGGAGCUUGACAAACGCACAGAGUACAGAGUCACCCUGCAGAUCCCUGCUGCCAACCUCAACGCCAACCGAAAGCGUGACGCGGUGCUGAGCGAGCCCGCGGUGCAGGUGAGGAGGAAGGGCAAGGGCAAGCAGAUCUGGGCCCUGGAGAAGAUGGAGAACCGGCUGGUGGACAUGAAGGAGCUCUACCAGGAGUGGAAGGACUACGACGAUGACAAUCCUGUGAUGCGUUCCUACUUCAAGCGGGCCGAUCCUUUCUUUGACGAGCAGGAGAACCACAGUCUGAUAGGCGUGGCCAACGUCUUCCUGUCAUGCCUCUUCUAUGACGUCAAGCUUCAGUAUGCAGUACCCAUCAUCAACCAGAAGGGAGAGGUGGCAGGGCGUCUCCAUGUGGAGGUGGUACGUGUAGGCGGGGGCUUUGAGGAGGGCAUGGCCGGGGGGGAUGACAGCGAGAGCAGCCCCGAUGGUGAGGCUCAGGAACGCAAACUGGUCUGCAUGAUCAAGAUCCUCCAGGCCACAGGUCUUCCCCAGUACCUGUCCAACUUUGUGUUCUGCCAGUACUCCUUCUGGGACCAAUCAGAGCCCAUCAUCGUGGCGCCCGAGGUCGAUCCUUUUGCCUCCUCCCCCAGCAGCAAGGAUCCUCACUGCAUGGUGGUUUUCGACAGCUGCAAGGAGCUGGCUGUGGCUGUGACAGAGGACUUCAUUGAGUACCUGACGGAGGGGGCGGUGGCCAUCGAGGUGUUUGGCCAUAGACAGGCGGACCCAGGCAGGAACCCUGCGCUCUGGGACCUCAGCAUCAUCCAGGCCAAGACUCGCACGCUGAGAGACAGGUGGGGAGAGGUAACACGGAGGCUGGAGAUGUGGGUUCAGAUCUUGGAGAUCAACGAGAAUGGAGACUUCAUGCCUGUCGAGGUGCUUCCUGCCAGGGACGUACGCACAGGGGGCAUCUUCCAGCUACGACAGGGCCAGUCCCGUCGUAUCCAGGUGGAGGUGAGGUCAGUGCAGGAUUCGGGCACCAUGCCCCUGAUAGCAGAGGUACUGCUGGCUGUGUCUGUGGGCUGUGUGGAGAUCAGACAGGCCAAGCCCCCCAGGGCCAACGAGCCCAUCCACAUUGAGGGAGAUGAGAUGGACAGCUACCAGGAGCGUGAUUUGGAGCGCCUGCGUCGCCAGUGGCUGACAGCCCUCACUAAGAGACAAGAAUACCUAGACCAACACCUGCAGAGUCUGGUCAGCAAAGCAGAGAAGACCGAAGAUGACAUGGAGCGAGAAGCCCAGCUGCUGGAGUGGCGUCUGACCCUGACGGAGGAGAGGAACGCUGUCAUGGUGCCAUCUGCUGGUAGUGGCAUACCUGGAGCCCCCGCUGAGUGGGUUCCUUUGCCAGGCAUGGAGACCCACACCCCGGUGCUGUUUCUGGAUCUCAGUGCGGAUGACUUCAGCUCCCAAGAGGCACUGGAGGCGCCCGAGGCAGGAGGCUGGGACGCUACGCUGAGCGGCGAGGACGAGGAUGACUUCUUUGACCUGCAGAUCGUCAAACACUACGACGGGGAGGUGAAGGCAGAAGCGUCCUGGGACUCCACGGUUCAUGAGUCUCCCCAGCUGAGCAGAGGCGGGGUGUGGCCUGAGCAGCGUGUGUACCUGACGGUACGAGCCGUGGUACAGCUCAGCCACCCGGCUGACAUGCAGCUGGUCCUCAGGAAACGCAUCUGCGUCAACCUCAACCCUGGACGCCAGGGCUUUGCUCAGAACUUUCUGAAGAGGAUGACCACGCGCAGCACCAUCCCUGGCUGUGGGGUCACCUUCGAGGUGGUCUCCAACAUCCCUGGGGAUGCCCAGGGUUCGGAGGACAGGGAGAUGCUGGCUCGUCUCGCCGCCAGCUCAGACAACCCCAAGUCAGCUGACAGCGAGGCAGCCAUCGAGAAGUACCUCCGCAGUGUGCUGGCUGUGGAGAACAUCUUGACCCUGGACCGGCUUCGACAGGAGGUGGCGGUUAAGGAACACCUGGCAGGCAAAGGGAAGGGGAACAGACGCAGUCUCAGCUCCCCCAGUGUCCACCGGCUUUCAGGCAGCAGACAAGACCUGUCUUCUAACUGUAUACUGGAUGACAAUAAGAGUCGCUGGGAGAGUCAACAGGAUAUCUUCAUGCCCUCCCAGUUCAGCCGAACUUUACCUCGGCCGUCUCCCUCCUCCUCCCCCACCCCCUCUCCCGCAACCCCCUCUCAGAACCAGGAUCCGGAGCAAGGUCGUUCAGGGCUUGCUGCCUCUUAUCUUUCAGUCAGAGCCCUGGUCCCCCAGAUGCCCAAGUUGCUCAAGUCUCUGUUCCCUGCCCGGGAGGAUAAGAAGGAGCUCCGCCCCUCACCCCACUCUCAGCAGCACACGCCACGCAUCAUCAUGCAGAGUUCUGGACUGGAGGACAGCCGGAUCAGGAUGGAACCGGUUGCUAUGGUAGGGAGGAACCUGAUCCCGGCCCUGACCAAUGACAGACAGUGGGAUUCCCCGGAAGCCCCCCCUUUUCCUCCACCUGUUCCAUCCAUGCAUGAUCCGCAUGACACAACCCUCAGCCCCCUCAGUCAAUCCUCCAGCGGCUACUUCUCCACUAGCGUUUCCACGGCAACCUUGUCUGACACAUCUGCUGUUGUUAGCGACUCGGCUCCCCUUGACCCCUCCCCCGCCAAGCUAGAGGCCAGCGGCCCUGAAACUACAUUACCCAGAAACCCCCAGCAGCGAGCUGACCGGAACGGUCUUCUGGCCUCUUCUCAGUACGAAGCCAAAAUGGCCAUCACUGGUUCUCCAGCAUCCCAGAAUCCCUCCAACCACAGCAGCAGUUUAGGACAAAGGCUGGUGAACUCCUUUCAGCCUGCCCCUGUGGAUGAGGGGGUAUUUGGAGGAAGAGGAAGAGACAGCCUUGAGCGCCUGGAGAUCAUCUUGGAUGAUGAGGACGGUGGUCGGGAUUACACACUACCUGAUUGGCUAAUAGAGGGAGCCUGUGUUACCGUGGGAGCAAAUAAGGGCGGCACUGUUCGUUAUCUUGGAAAUACAGAGUUCGCUCACGGAGUGUGGGUCGGAGUGGAACUGGACUUGCCUUCAGGUAAGAACGACGGAUCUGUAGGCGGGCAUCACUACUUCCACUGUAAACCUGGCUUUGGAGUGCUGGUUCGCCCAGACCGGGUGUUUCGGCGGGAGCGAUCCAAACAGAACCCUGAGAACAGGCACAUCGGGGAGUUUUAUGCCCCGGGACAGCCGGUUUUGCGGAGGGAGUCCAUGGGGGCAGGAAAGAGGGGGGAGAACCGCAAGUCUUGGAGCAACUAAGAAAAACUGGCACACACCCCUAUCUUGGGUUGGAGAAAAACGACAAACCAUACAUAUCCCUAUCUGGUGAAGGAAACUACAAUCCCUACACAUCCCUUUCUUGUGAUGGGAAAACUACAAACCCCUUUAAACCCCUGUCACUCCCUCGUAUUCCAGCCCAUUAACUAUGCAACUCUCCUCUUGCUUUUUUGUACCUACUACUUUUUAAAAGAUGCACUAGGAUGGUGUCCCUUGCGUGGUGAAAAGGGCACAGUCCCCGAGUGCUGUUGCUGUCUGUAUGACAUGGCUCAGCAAGAACAGGGACACUUGACAGAUAGAGAUAACUUCUCUUAUCGUAGAGGUUCAGUUGAACCCAAAUAAACAGGACAUAAAUGUAGUUUCUUUUGACUAUUCCUACAUUCCUCUGACCCCUCCUCCUGUUUAAACUACCCCUCACUUUUAACUAGGACUAUCAUUACUAUUGAUAUUAUUAUGGGUCCUUUUUGUGGACUGACUUUCCCCCCAUGAUGUGGAGUCAUUCAUCUGAAGUGAUGUAUGGAUUCUUCCAGAAUGUGCCUUCAUGGAUGAGUUUCUAUUUCUGUGUUUUUGUCUUUGUGUGCUUUUUAAAAUCAUGUCCAUCCUGCCACUCUAGGUUACAAUGAGAAUGCCUUAAGUAAGUGUGAGGUGAUCUCAGGGACUGCUAAAAGGAUGUUUGUCUGUGCAGUGGGAGAUAACUAGUUUUGUCAACAACAAAAUAUAUAUUAUUUUGUUACUGAUUUGAAGGUCAAGCUUGUUAAAGGGUAGGACCACAGAUUCAGGUUAGAGAUAAUCUUGUAGGAGAGUUAAACUGUAGUAUUUUACUGUUGAGGAUUAGACAAGUAGUUGUAGUCUGGGUGAGAGACUGUAUUGUUUUUAUUGUUGAAGAUUAGAGAUACUGUUGUGGGAGAGAGUGUAAUGUUGUGGAGAAUAAAAAUAUUGCACUGGAGAGAAAGUCAUGUUAGCAUGGGUGGCUAGGCUACCUGUCCCAUCAGGCAGGCUAGUUGAGAGAGAG